ACCGGUUUACCUGCCCCUUUUGCUGUGUCCAUUGGCUCGGCUGCAGCAGGUCCCUCCCUCCGGAAGUGCGGACAUUUCCUCUUGGGCUUGGUGGUCGCUGUUCAGGAGCUCCUACCUGGCACAAUGGUGUGCAUUCCUUGUAUCGUCAUUCCAGUUCUGCUCUGGGUCUACAAAAAGUUCCUGGAGCCAUACAUAUACCCUCUGAUUUCCCCCUUUGUUAGUCGUAUAUGGCCUAGAAAAGCUGUGCAAGAAUCCAAUGAUAAAAGCAAAGGCAAACUAGACUAUAAGGGUGCAGACAUAAAUGGAUCACCAACAAAAGGAUCAACAGAAAUCUCUGAUAAAAAGAAAGACUAAAGUGAUUGUCGCAGAGGACCUCAUUGUUUUCAAAAUGGACCUAAUAAUCUGAAGCACCUUCUUUGUAAUUGUCUCUGACCUUUUUCUCUUAGACCAGAAUUUGGGAUCGAUGGUUUAGAUAUUUACCUGAUACUAAUCAGGAAAUACAUGGUAUUUAUAUUUAAAAUGUAUUUAGUUAUAUUUAAUGAUCUCAUUCCCAAGUUCUUUUUUCAUUAAAGUAGUUUUAAUAAUAUGAAUAAAUAGGUUUGUUCCAGUAGACACUGUUGCUAAAUCAGUACCUAAACAUCCUUGGGCUUCUAGCUUUUGUUCAGGCUCUUCGAAUCUGAGUAUAUUUUUACUGUGAAACAGUACAGUGAGACUAUGUGGUGAAAUGAAAGGGAGUUUUUGGAGAUGAUAAUGACUUGAAACAUAAAGUUAUAAUUACUGCCCAACACAAUGGAGCCCCUUAUCUGUAAGAGUAGUAAUUACUGGUUAUUGCUCUGAAGAAAAUAGCAAAGACAGGAAAUAGAGGAAAUUUCUUUGGAAAAAAUGGGACACCUUUUCCAUAAAUGUCUAAUGUAUGUUAUAAAAUUAUAAUCUUUGUUGCAUUCCUUCUAUUCCUACAGAAUGUAUUAGUUUAGCUUGUGGUUAGGUGUUGUUUUUUUUUAAGUUUAAAUAUUUUUUUAAAGGGACAUUUUUCACCACAUCAGAAAGCAGAAUUAUAGUAGUACGAUGGUAUCUGGACAGUUCUGAGACAGCAAUAUUGUUUUUCUUUUUUAAAAAAGUAGAUUGUAUCAGUCAUUUUUUAUUGCAUAACAAGACACCCCAAAACAGUGGUUUUCAACAACAGUGAUGUGACUGGGCAGUUCUUCACUGUCUGGGCCUCUACAUGGUCUUUCACCCCUGGGCUGCUUCACUUUAGGAACCUAUAAACGUUCAGAGAUAAUGAGCCAUGUCUUUAUAUCAUAUUUAUUUAUUCCCUCUGAGGCAUAGCGAGGUUGGAAGGGACUUCUGCCUUUGGAUCCCCAAUGAAGUCCUGGGUCCUAACCAAGGUUCUGUUAAGCUAUCCAUCUGAUCAAGUCAUUGAUUCACCGUGACUGCAUUUGAUAGAAAUCAGUGGGUUUCAAGUUUUCUGUCUCAACCCACCUGAGGGAAAAGAUAAAUUACCUUUAGCAACUAAAUUCCGUUGAUCAACUUAGUUUGUUAUUUAAGGUAUAAAAUCUAUAUUAUAAAAGUAGCCGAUGAGUUCAUAGUAAAACAAUGCAACAGAAAGUUAAAUGAGAAGUUCAUGUUCGUCCACUACUCUCAUUCCCUUAUUCCAGCUCCACAAAUGUAAGCACUAUUCUUUUGUGUAGCCUUCUAGCAACUUUCUUAAAAUUCAUUUGUUUUUAUUAAAUAUAUCAUUUUUUAAAAUUAUAAUAUUGCAAGAUAUAUAAUGUUCCUACUCCCUUAGUCCCCAAAGGCUUUACUCAUUUAGCUGAUGCUUUUGUCUUGUAUUUUAUUUCUUUAUUUCUAAAUAAUACAUAUAUACUGCCAUUUUUGGAGCUUUCAGCUUUCCACAUUACUGACCUCCUGCCAUGGUUGAGAUAUAGCUAUCUUAUACUGUAUUCCCUCUACUUCUCCCACACGUCCUCUGUAUAGGUUUUUAUAAAUUUUGGUUAAGACAUUAA